UCUUAUUUUGAAAAGACUGAAGGGAAGAGGCUAUUUCUGUUUGUUAGGAUAUGUGCUAUGAGGCCAGAAGGCUGUUUGUGUGUUCGUAAUGAUGCACAAUAAAUGUUGAACCAAAACACUGGCGCUAAUGAUAAAAUGCAACAAUGCGAUGUGUGUAAUCGCUGCGUUAAUACGUAAGAAUACGAGAGCCGUGCUAAUUAGUAGCCAGUUGCCAACGACUAGUUAGCAUAGUUAGCCGCGCUCACUACAGCAGCAGCAGAAGCGCCUGUCAACAGAGUUCCUCCGUUUACAGUCAGAACAGUGUUACUAUAGAUUCUAGUUUUACAAACACGUUCAAAUGGAGACAAACGCAACGAAACGGAGAGACAACAAGAAGUCGCUGCGUGUGAAGGUGAUUAGUUUAGGGAACGCAGAAGUUGGAAAGAGCUGCAUCAUCAAACGCUAUUGCGAGAAGAGGUUCGUUCCCAAAUAUUUGGCCACUAUUGGCAUCGACUAUGGCGUCACCAAAGUGCAGGUCCGGGACAGAGAAAUCAAAGUGAACAUCUUUGACAUGGCUGGGCAUCCGUUCUUCUAUGAAGUGCGUAACGAGUUUUAUAAGGAUAGCCAGGGGGUGCUGCUGGUGUAUGACGUCGGCCUGAGGGAGAGUUUCGAUGCCCUUGACAGCUGGCUGGGGGAGAUGAAACAAGAAAUGGGCUCCCAGGCCAACAUGGACAGCAUCGUGUUCAUCGUCUGCGCCAACAAGGUGGACCUGACUAAGCGGCGAGUGGUGGACGAGGGGGAGGGACGACUGUGGGCAGAGUCUCGAGGUUUCCAUUACUUCGAGACGUCAGCGCAGAGUGGAGAAGGCAUCAACGAGAUGUUUCAGGCCUUCUUCUCAUCCAUCACUGACAUGUGUGAGAAUGGUGGGAAGCGUCCAGUGUCGGAGGUCAGCGUUGGCUUCACCAAAGAGCAGGCCGACACCAUCCGACGCAUCCGCAACAGCAAGGACUCCUGGGAUAUGCUUGGUGUGAAACCUGGUGCCACGCGCGAGGAGGUGAACAAGGCGUACAGGAAGCUGGCAGUGCUGCUGCACCCGGAUAAAUGUGUGGCCCCUGGGAGCGAAGACGCCUUCAAGGCUGUGGUGAACGCCCGCACCUCCCUGCUGAAGAACAUUAAAUAACACGAACCUCUGCUUGCUCACACAUGGACUCAGACACACUCUUUAUUUAUUACUAUUUAUUCAGUAAAGGUCUUGUGCCAUGUUGCUUGCCACUGUGCUAUAUGCCAACCUGUAUGCCAAGAUCUGGAACGUGUGCCCUCAUUUUACCUCUACAUACGGGGUAUGUGUGUGCGUACAUGCUUAUCCUUAUGGUUGCAUCAAAGUAGGGCCCAAAAAACUUGGUUUUUCAAGUGUGGCCCUUUGGCCGGUCCCCACAACUUUGAAGGCCUGUUUGAGGGUUAAGAUAUGAUUUUAGGGCUUAGGUUAAAAUUGAGGUUUGGUGUGGAUUAGAGCAAGGGUGAGUCUGCCUUUAAUUGUGAUAAUUGGGGUAAGGGGCUAGGGAAGGCAUUAUGUCAGCGGAGGUCCUCACUUUGACGUAAGUACAAGGAUGCACGUGCGUGCAUGUGGGCGAGUGAGUUGUCUAGAAGAUUACGAUGGGCUUCAACAAAGUAAAAGUCAUAAUACUAACAAAAUGGUUUUAGGGGGAAACCAAUACAGAUCAUAACUUAAAAACCAAAUCCGAAAACCAGUAUUCAAAUUCUGUUGGAAAACUGAUAAUAGGAGACGAGCAUUUAUUUUAAUUUAUUUCUGUAGGUGAAUUUUAAUCAGUUUUUUUUAAUUUGGACUAACAAUUUAAAUCUAAUAACACAGGACAAAAUGAACUAAUCAUAUCGGUAUUUCAAGGAAGAGUUAUUAAAAGUCUUACCUUCAGAACCGUGUAAACAUAGUCCCGAAGCUUGUGUUGGGUUUGUAAUGAUUUGUUGUGGUGCGUCUGUUCACAUCACAGCAGGCGAUCUGUGUGCCGAUGGUUAACAGUCCGACCCUCAGGAGCUGGUCAGACGCUCUAACUGCCUUUUACUGGAUCAGCAUCCGAUGCUUCCACCUGCUUCCUCUUUUUCCUUAGUUCCCUUAGGUUUGUGUUUGUAUACACUUUUAAUCACUUACCUUCAAUGACACAUGAUUUUUAAUAAUUCUUUGAGCAUUUAUUACCCUCAGUAAUUAAUAAAUGUUUCUUAGAUUCAAUUGUGGCACCUAAUUUCACCCGGUUUCCUGGUUUGUUUGCUGAACUGAUGCAUCUCAUUUGUAAUGACUGUUGUUCUUAGUUAGAUUCUUGUCUUGCACGACACAAUGCCUUAAAUUCCAAACGUUACUUUGGUUCCCAAACCCCUCACUUUGGCAACAGCUAUGUGAGCUCUUUUGUGAUCGUUGGUUACGUACAGUAGUGUAGUGAAUCCACUGAUGUGUUACAGUCCGAGGCCACGGCUGGAAGUCUAGUGUGUGUACAGUAUACUGUAUGAUGGCUGCCGACAGCCCAGCCCAUAACUGCUGGCACCGAUACCUCAUGUAUGAGUCUUUGUAAGUUUGGAAUGAAACCUUUAGCAUGUUUCAUAUUUAUACCACACCUUUUAGAAUUAAGGAGGAAUCCAUGGUUUCUAUAAAAUGUCCACCUCCAUAUACUCGCAUCAUUCUGAUAAGCCAGCAUGACUCUGACUGCAGAAGCCAGAGCUCUGUCUUCCUGCAUAAGCUAAGGAGAAAAUAACCUGCUCAAGAAUAGCAAGAAUGCAUAUAAAUUCACCAGUCUACACAAUGUGUUGGUUCCCUCUGUUAAUGAAAGAAAAACCAUGAGGGUCAUGGACGUUAUGCUUUUAAAAUGUGGCUCAACAGAAUAAUUUUAAAAACAAACUCGUGAAACAGGCCUGGACUAAAAGGAUGGUUCCUUCACCUAAUACUGUAUUUCUGUCAGUGAGACGCCUGCACCUGUCAGCGGCUGAGCAAACUGCUCCAGGCAUCUUAGAUUUGAAGGGUCCUUUUCCAGAUGUUGAUUGGAUUGAGAUCAGGCUGUGAUCCAUUCUUUGGUGUUUCUAGCUGUUUGUUCUAGCUUGUUUUUGAUCCUGUUAGACCCAGGACCUGCUUUCUGACACCAGGCAGCACAUUUGUCUUCUCAUUGAUUCCAGAGGCAGCAAAGCAGCCCAGAACAGAACUGAGCCUCCUCCACGUGUCACAGUAUGGACAGUCUUCUUCUCUUCCAGUUUUGUCUUGUCUUCUCCUAGAAGCUUUGUGGUUUGUCAACAUGCAUUGUGUUUGUGCAUUGUGCAUUGUGCAACUAGUUUAGUCUUUUCUAGGGAACCGUCAUUUUUGUCCUGUUUCACUAAUUUGUUUUUCAAAGUGUUUCUGUUAAGCCACAUUUAAAAGGUUGUCUGAUUUUAUAGUUAAUUUUCAGUACAUUUUGACUCAAUAUUACUUUUGUCACUUUCAUGUUAUUUUCAUGACCAUUGUGGUUUUUUUCAUGUGUGUCUGUCAGUGUUUUAAUCUUAACACUAACAAAUCAUUGAAUUUCGACUGAAGCUCUAAGAGAUCAGGCGCCUUGUUUACAACUCAAAUGUAAAACGAGUCCGUGUGUUUGGAGGAUGCUUGAUGAGAUACGGGCAUGUGAGGUGAGGGUCUGUGUCUGUGUCACUCUUCUCUAGCCGGUGGUUAUCUGUCGUUGUGGUGACUGUGUAAUAAAGCAUUCCAAUAAUAA